ACAGACUCACAGGAAAUCAGUGAGAAAGCAAAUACAAAGUGCGUGUGGGAGUGAGACGCACGGGAGCCACGGGGAAAAAUGUCUGGCCUGGCAAACAACACGAGCCACGGAAUCCCCGGCGAGGAGGACAAAUGAACUUGCGCAGGCAGCGCUGGGAUCCAGUGGAUCACUGAAGGGAGCUGCUUCCUGCCUCAGCGAGGCACAGGUUUAAAUCCCCAUUAAGCAGACACUGUUGCUUGCGGAUCCACAAUGUUUUCCCUGAAGUCGUCUAAACCUUCAUUUAAAUCCUACCUCCUGCCCCCCCAGCAUGAAGACAAAUUAAGCCCAGAAACCAAGAUUAAAAAGUUGAAGGCUGUUCUGCUGCCCGGUGAGAUAGUAGUGAACGAAGUGAAUUUUGUCAGAAAAUGUAUUGCCUCGGACACAAGCCUGUAUGACCUAUGGGGAAAACUGGUGUGCACCAACUUCAAGAUUUCCUUCAUUACUGACAGUCCCAUGCCCUUCCAGAAAUUCAACUACAGAAAUCUCCUUCUUGGGGAACAUGAUGUCCCACUGACAUGUAUAGAGCAAAUUGUUGUGGUAAAUGACACCAAGAGAAAGCAGAAAAUACUCUCUUCCAACCAGAAACUGAAAUUCAACCCCACUGAGUUAAUUAUUUAUUGCAAGGAUUUCCGGAUAUUGCGCUUUCGUUUUGAUGAAGCGGGGCCAGAAAGUGCAAAAAAGGUAUGCCUCGCAUUGGCACAUUAUUCACAACCAACAGAUCUUCAACUGCUCUUCGCCUUUGAAUAUGUUGCAAAAACGUAUCAUAAUCCAACCAACAAAACUAAUGGUAUUGAUCCUGGCGGAGGAGGUGACCCAGGGCCCAAAACACCUCUGUUUGAAACUUAUUCCGACUGGGAUCGCGAAAUCAAGCGGACGGGAGCCUCUGACUGGAGAGUGUGCUCAGUAAAUGAAGGAUACAUGAUAUCUACAUGUCUGCCGGAAUACUUUGUUGUUCCGUCCUCUCUGGCGGAUCUGGAUUUAAAGCAGUAUUCACAUCAUUUUUAUGGAAGGCGCAUGCCACUGUGGUGCUGGAACCACCCCAAUGGCAGCGCUCUGGUUAGAAUGGCCAGCAUCAAAGACCUGUUACACCAACGGAGAAUUGACCAAAGGGUGUGCAAUGGGAUUACCCGGAGUCAUCCUCUACGGAGUGAAGUUUACAAAUGUGAUCUAGACCAUAAUCUACCUGGGAUCCAGGAGAUCCAAACUGGCUUCAGCAAACUUAAGCAUCUCUGCGUGAAUGAAGCAUUUGAUGAAACAGAUGAAAAGUGGCUUUCAUCCCUUGAAAACACACGGUGGCUGGAGUUUCUCAGGGUAUUUCUGAGGCAAGCCACUGAACUGGUUUACAUCUUGGAUUCCAAACGUCGGUCUGUUGUCUUACAAGAGGAGGAAGGCCGGGAUCUCAGCUGUCUGGUGGCCUCUCUCGUUCAGCUAAUGUUGGAUCCUUAUUUCCGGACAAUUGUUGGAUUUCAGAGUCUGAUACAGAAGGAGUGGGUCAUGGCUGGUUAUCCCUUCUUGGAUCGGUGCAACCACUUGAAGAAAUCUGAUAAAGAGUGCCCCCUGUUCGUGCUAUUCCUAGACUGUGUGUGGCAGCUGCUGGAGCAAUACCCUGCGGCUUUCCAGUUCACUGAGACCUACUUAACGGUGUUACACGACAGCACCAGGGUAUCCCUGUUUGGAACCUUCUUGUUCAACUCUCCCCAUCAACGUGUUCAGCAAAGCACUGAGUUUGCUAUUGCUAAGAAUAUACAGUUGGGAGAUGAGAAAGGCCUGAAGUUUCCUCCGGUAUGGAACUGGUCGCUGCAGUUUUCGGCUAAAGAUCGGGCUCUGUUUAACAACCCCUUUUACAUUGGAAAGAGCGUGCCCUGCAUACAGAAUGGGGUGGCCAAAUCUUUUAAGAGGUCAAAGAAAAACUACAGUUCUACAUUACGUGGCGUGCCGCCAUCUUUGAAAAAUGGGAUUAUCGCGCAGCCGGAGCUCAUGCCCCGACGGAACUCCCUGAUACUAAAGCUAAGGCCAGAAUCUGUUCAGCAGAUACCAGGCACCCAAAAUAAUGGCUUAGAACAGUAUCUCCGAGACUGUUUCUCCAAGACCACGGACCUGCAUGGAGUCAUCCUUCCACGCCUGGAUGGGCCACACGUAAAACUCUGGAAACUCUGCUACCUGCGCUGGAUUCCUGAGGCCCAAAUUAACCAGGGAGGAUUUAUUACAGCUUUUCAUAAAAUAUCCAUGCUUGCAGAUGAAAUUGAAACGCUUCAAACAAGACUUCGGCAGUACAGAAGCUAUCCCUUGUCUAAAGCCACUUCCCCCGAAUCGGAACAAAGUCAUAUGUUCUUUAGGGCUGAUGAGUUAAAUGGUAACUAUGAGAGCGCGGACUUUCUCUCCUCAUCCUUUCCUUUCUCACCGGUCGGAAACUUAUGCCGCCGAAGUAUAAUGGGUACACCUAUAAGCAAGUUUUUAAACGGUGCCAAAAUAUGGCUGUCCACCGAAACACUUGCAAACGAGGACUGAAUUGUCUAGCUGCUGGAAGCUGUUAUGUUUUAUUAACAAUGCUUCGUAUUUUUUGUUGAAUUUUUAGCUAUACACUGACCUCCCUGUCCCCCUUUUUUUUUUUUUUUUGCACAUUGA